AUGGAGGUACAUGUACUUGCACUUUUUGUCAUUGUGUUUAUCUCACCUUUAAUUGAAGCCAACCUACCUAAUAACUUUAGCAUUGAUCUAAUUCACAGAGACUCGCCUUUGUCCCCUUUCUACAACUCUUCAAUGAACGAAUCAGAGGUCUUUAUAAAUGUCGCUAUGCGUUCAAUUUCUCGAGCUGAAACCUUAUUUCACCUCUCAAAUACAGGUGGAAUUAAAUCUCAAGCUAUGCUUAUUUCAAACAAAAUUGAUUACCUCAUGAAAUUCACCGUAGGAAACCCACCCAUAGACUCAUUUGGCAUUGUAGACACAGGCAGUGACCUUAUUUGGAUACAAUGCCAACCUUGUGAAGAUUGUUACAAACAAACCACACCCAUCUUUGAUCCAAAGAAAUCUUCCACUUACCAAACAAUAUCUUGUGAUAGUCAUACUUGUGACUUGGUCGGCACACAUGCUUGUGGAGCUUCAACCGUGUGCCGGUAUGAGUUCACUUACGAGGACAAGUCCAUGACUGUUGGAGAGUUGGCUCGUGAUAUAAUUACCUUUGGUUCCUUUCGUGAAGUGAUUUCUCCAAAUACUAUCUUCGGGUGUGGACAUACCAACCUUGGGUUUGAUGGACCUACGGCAACAGGAUUAGUUGGUCUUGGACAAGGACCUUUGUCUUUGGUUUCGCAACUAGGUGAUCGGAUUAGUCACAAAUUCUCAUAUUGCCUGUUUCACCGGUAUUCAAAUAUCACUAGUAAGAUCAAGUUUGGGUGGGAAGCAACUUUAUCUAGAGAUCGAAUUGGAGUUGUUUCUGUCCCUUUGGUGGACAGAGCUCCAAACACCUUUUACCACCUUAGCCUUAAAGAAAUUUAUGUUGGCAAGGACGCGGUGGAGACUGAUAAGAGUAAUUCAGAUAUUAUAAUUGAUUCGGGGACUACGUUGACUUUUCUGGAGACAAGUUUGUAUGAGAUUUUUGAACUUACCGUGAUUGAAGCUUAUGGUGAUGAUCGUGAACCAAUAAGAAAUCCACCUAAGCCAUACAGAUUGUGUUAUCUUGAUGGGACAACGAAGGACCUCCCAGAUAUUUCUCUUAGCUUUUACGGAGCAAACAGAAAAUUACGGCUAAAGGCAUACAAUGUAUUUGCAAAGUUCAGUGGUUUGUUGUGCCUUACAGUGGCCCCUAUUAAAGGUUCCUCUGUCCUUGGGAACUUAGCACAAGUGAACUUUAAGGUAUUGUACGAUCUACAAGAGAGAAAAAUAUGUGAUGCUCUUCAUAGUGUGAAAUUGUUUAGAGAACAAGAUAAUGCUAUCAGAUUUCUUUUAGGGUUGAAUGAUAGUUUUGGAGUGGUGAAGUCACAAAUUUUGAUAAGUCAUCCUUUACCAUCAUUAGCUAAGGUUGUUUCCUUAGCCACACAACAUGAGAGGCAAACUGAGACAAAAGAGAAAGGAGAUUCACCAGCAAUAGUGAAUGCUGCAGAAGGAAAGAAACCACCAUAUGGAAGAGAGGAUGAUGUUUACUCACAAAGAGGGGUUGAAGAACCUUUUACUGCAGAUCAGUAUAAAGGAAUCUUAGACAUGAUUCAGCAUGUCACCACAGUCUCAAAGAAAGGUUUAGAAAAUGGUGGUGCUUCUGUAAAUCAUGUGGUGAGGGCAGUUGCUUGUGAAUGA